AUGCCCACGCUCGGAUAUGACCAUUACCAACAACUCCACUCGUUCGAGGCCCGGUCGGUUGCAUCGACUCUGGCGCCGGACUCGACUCAACGAAUCACGCUCUACGUGAUUGCUGCCUAUGCGCUCUUCAUCCUCGUCGCCUGGAAUCUGUGGGGCCUGCGACAUAUCAUAUAUCCCUUCAAGUUGCUCACCGUCGCAUUCCACGAAUUCUCUCAUGCAAUCGUUGGUAAGCUCACUGGAGCAAAAAUUGAAAGCAUCACGCUGGACCCGAAUGAGGGAGGCUUGACGAAGAUGAGAGGCGGAAUUCAAGCCUGCACCUUACCCGCGGGAUACCUAGGCUCAUCGCUGAUAGGAGCCCUACUAAUCUUUGCAGGAUUCGACACCGUUGCUUCCAAGGUCGCUAGUAUCGUCCUGGCUCUCAUGCUUUUGAUCACACUUUGGUGGGCUAGGAAUUGGUUGACAAGGAUCGUCGUCGUCAUCGCUAUCGGUAUCAUGGUCGCACUAUGGUUUAUAGACCAUGGAAGUCCCUUGCGAUUCUAUGUGUUGUUCAACGGAGUGAUGUCGUGUCUCUACAGUGUUUGGGACAUCGUCGACGACCUCGUCUUCCGAAAAGUGAACGAAUCAGACGCCUCCCAAUUCGCCAAGCUAUGUCCUAUCAUUCCUAGCCGAGUCUGGGGCGUCAUCUGGUUGAUCAUCUCCAUCAUCUUCAUGUUGGGCGGAAUCUUGGCUGGCUUGGCCGCUUUCAAAGACUCGACUAGUGAACAAUCUGCCGCUUCACAAAAGUUUAUACCGACUUGA